AUGGUGAAAGAGGAUGAGAAAGUCAUUCCUGUGCGUGUGGUACUCCGCUGCCGCCCCUUGGUCCCCAAAGAGAUCAGUGAGGGAUGCCAGAUGUGUCUAUCCUUCGUGCCUGAAGAGCAACAGGUGAUUGUAGGCAAUGACAAAUCCUUCACAUAUGAUUUUGUGUUUGACCCAUCUGCUGAGCAGGAGGAAGUCUUCAAUACAUCUGUUGCCCCUCUGAUACGGGGCAUCUUCAAAGGGUAUAAUGCUACUGUCUUGGCGUAUGGACAGACAGGCUCUGGAAAAACAUAUUCUAUGGGAGGGACUUACACUGCUGAUCAAGAGCAUGAACCUACUGUUGGGGUCAUUCCUCGUGUUAUCAAACUGCUCUUUCAGGAAAAAGAACGGAGGCUGGAAUGGGAAUUCACCCUGAAAGUCUCUUAUUUGGAGAUCUACAAUGAGGAUAUUCUAGACCUGCUGUCCCCAUCUAGAGAACGAUCUCAAAUCAGCAUACGGGAGGACCCCAAAGAAGGCAUAAAGAUUGUAGGAUUAACGGAACGGGAUGUGGCAUGUGCCCAAGAUACCAUCCUUUGUCUGGAGCAGGGAAACAAUUCCAGAACCGUGGCCUCUACAGCUAUGAACUCUCAGUCCUCGCGGUCCCAUGCAAUCUUCACCAUUUCAAUCGAACAGAGAAAGAAAAGUGACAAGAACAGCAGCUUUCGCUGCAAGCUACACCUUGUAGAUCUUGCUGGCUCCGAAAGGCAAAAGAAAACCAAGGCUGAGGGAGACCGACUAAAGGAAGGAAUCAACAUUAACAGAGGCCUCCUAUGCCUGGGGAAUGUAAUCAGUGCUCUUGGCGAUGAAAAUAAGAAGGGUGGUUUUGUCCCUUACAGAGACUCCAAGUUAACACGGCUGCUGCAAGAUUCCUUGGGUGGUAACAGCCACACUCUCAUGAUUGCGUGUGUGAGCCCAGCAGAUUCCAACCUAGAAGAAACCUUAAACACUUUGCGCUAUGCUGACAGGGCGAGAAAAAUAAAAAACAAACCAAUAGUCAACAUUGAUCCUCAGGCAGCUGAGCUAAAUCAUCUAAAGCAGCAGGUACAACAGCUGCAGGUCUUGUUGUUGCAGGCCCAUGGAGGGACACUCCCGGUGUCUAUCAAUAUGAAGCCAUCAGAGAAUCUGCAGUCCCUCAUGGAGAAGAACCAGUCCCUGAUAGAGGAAAAUGAAAAGUUGAGCCGAGGUCUGAGUGAGGCAGCUGGUCAGACAGCCCAGAUGUUGGAGAGAAUCAUCCUGACAGAACAAGAAAAUGAUAAGAUGAAUGCCAAACUCGAGGAACUCCGGCAGCAUGCUGCGUGCAAACUUGAUCUGCAGAAGCUGGUAGAGACUCUGGAGGAUCAGGAGCUCAAAGAGAACAUAGAAGUGAUUCGUAAUCUGCAGCAAGUGAUAGUCCAGUUGCAGGAUGAAAGUGCUGCCUGUGUGGCAGCAUCCAUGGAAGCUGUUGCUGAGAUGGCAAACUCUGAGCAAGAAUCUGACGCUCAAGCAGAAACCAGCCAGGACAGCAAGAGAUCCCCAGAUGCUUUCACCACUCAGCAUGCCCUCCGCCAGGCAGAGAUGUCCAAAGCACUGAUAGAAUUAAAUAAAGCCCUGGCUCUAAAAGAGGCCUUGGCCAAGAAAAUGACCCAGAAUGACAGCCAGCUGGAGCCCAUUCAGUCCCAAUACCAGACUAAUAUCAAGGGCCUGGAGUCAGAGGUGAGCAGCCUGCAAAAAGAGAAGGAAGAGCUGAUCCUUGCACUUCACACUGCAAAGAAGGAUGUUAACCAAGCAAAGCUGAGUGAACGACGCAGGAAAAGACUCCAGGAGUUGGAAGGGCAAAUGAAUGAGCUAAAGAAGAAAUUGAAUGAACAGUCAAAACUCUUGAAGCUGAAAGAAUCUACAGAGCGCACAGUCUCCAAACUGAACCAGGAGAUUCGGGAAAUGAAAAAUCAGCGGGUACAGCUGAUGCGCCAAAUGAAAGAGGAUGCUGAGAAAUUUAGACAGUGGAAGCAGCAGAAGGACAAGGAAGUGAUCCAGCUGAAAGAACGGGAUCGCAAGAGGCAGUAUGAGCUGCUUAAGCUAGAACGAGACUUCAAGAAUCAGGCCAAUAUCCUCAGGCGCAAAACAGAAGAGGCAGCAGCUGCUAACAAGCGCCUGAAAGAUGCUCUACAGAAACAGCGUGAAGUAGUGGAUAAACGGAAAGAGAGCCAAAACCGAGGAAUGGAAGGAGCUGCUGCUCGAGUAAAAAGCUGGCUUGCAAAUGAAGUGGAGGUUCUGGUUAGUACUGAAGAGGCCCGGCGCCACCUCUCUGACCUUCUGGAGGAUAGAAAGAUCUUGGCCCAGGAACUCCUGCAGCUUAGAGAAAAGAGGGAAGCUGGGGAGACUCCACCUCUAAAACUUCGGAGACGUACAUACUCGGUCGCAGACGUGCAGGCUUCAGAAAUAGACCAUUCCAUCACAAAGCAGAUAGAAAGCCUGGAAACAGAGAUGGAGCUCAGGAGUGCCCAGAUAGCAGAUCUGCAGCAGAAGCUAUUGGAUGCCGACAAUGGAGACCGGGUGAAGCAACGCUGGGAAACUAUUGCAACUAUUCUAGAGGCAAAGUGUGCCCUGAAAUACCUAAUUGGAGAGCUGGUUUCCUCCAAAGUGGAGGAAAGCAAACUUCACAGCAGCCUGGAACAGAGCAAAGCUAAUUGUGCAGAUAUGCAGAAAAUGUUGCUUGAAGAGCGAAACCAGGUGGCAGAUAUAGAGGCUGAGCUCCAAAGUCAGUUGGUGAUGCAGGAGCAGCAACAUCAGGAAAAGGUUCUGUACCUGCUUAGCCAACUGCAGCAGAAAGAAGCAGCAGAGAAGAAGCUGGAGGACUCUCUAACCGAGCACGAGCAACAGCUACUUGAGCGGCUCAAGUUCCAGGAUGAAGAGCUUGAGAAAAUGAGGGAACUUUGUGAGAAGAACCAAGAGCUUCUCCAGGAGAAUGAGUCCCUCAAACAGAAAUUAAUACUCCACCAAAUUGCCAGCGGACAGAAGCUCCGACACAUUCAGCAAAUGCCGACUCAGUCCCCAGAUUCUCCCUUUGAUUAUAUUCCACCCAAGCCAAAGAUUCGCCGUCAGACAACUGCAAAACCCCGUGCACAGACCCCAGAAAUGGAUGUGCAAGAGCUGUUCUCUGAAUCCGAGGAGUCUGGAGGGGAGAUGGAAGAUGCAGAGUGGGUGCCGAUAAAAGCAGCCAAAGGAUCCAAGAAAAGCCUAUCAGGGUGUUCCUGCCGGGGCCGAUGUGGAAACAGGCAGUGUGGCUGCAGGAAGCAGAAGCUAGGCUGUACCGCAGGCUGUAACUGUGAUGCAACAAAAUGUAGAAACCGUGGUUCUGGCCUGCUGGAUGGUCCUAUGAGUGAGAACCAAACAAGAGAUUCUGAAGGAUCCUUCAAACUGGAAGAUCCCACUGAAGUGACUGCUGGGGAGACCUUCUUUGAACCAAUAUGUAUCACUCCAACCAAGAAGGUCCUGAAAGAGAUCGCUGAGCAAGAUGUGUUUGUCAAGAAGGCCAACACAGCUGCACUCUUAAUCAAUGGAGAUGUAGAGUCCCAGGAGAACCAAUUGCCACUAGUGAAGAAAAAAAAGCGAAUGUUGAGUAGUAACACCAGCUUCUUCUCUGGCUGUACCCCCAUCAAAGAGGAGGACAACUGA